GCCUUGCCUCGGAAGCAGCCCGAGAGUCUACUGGGUCGUGCUCUGUGGGAAGCCUGGCUCGGUGGUCCCUGCUCUGGACCUGCACCUCUAGGGGGCCCUGGGAAGCCUCUGGGGGGUGCCUCAGGGGCGAUGCAGGACAAGCUGCACAUCCUGGAGGAUCUGAACAUGCUCUACAUCCGGCAGAUCGCCCUCAGCCUGGAGGGCACGGACCUCCAGAAGAAAAUUGACCAUGAGAUCCGCAUGCGGGAGGGGGCCUGCAAGCUGCUGGUGGCCUGCACUCAGCGGCAGCAGGCACUGGAGGUCACCAAAAGCCUCCUUGUCUGCAACAGCCGCAUCCUGGCCUACAUGGCUGAGCUGCAGCGCAUGAAGGAGGCGCAAGUGAUGCAGCGCAUGGCUCGACGCCCUUCUGAGGCUGGACCAACAGAUGGCCGCUCACCAUGUCGGGGCCGCAUCUGUGUCUCAGAUCUCCGGAUUCCCUUGAUGUGGAAGGACACAGAAUAUUUCAAGAACAAGGGGGACUUGCAUCGCUGUGCGGUGUUCUGCCUGCUGCAGAUUGGCACGGAAAUCUAUGACACAGAGAUGGUGCUGGUGGACAGGACACUGGCCGACAUCUGCUUUGAGAACACCGUGCUCUUCACCGAGGCUGGCCCAGACUUUGAGCUGAAAAUUGAGCUCUACAGCGCAGCCCUGGAGGAGGACUCAGCCCUGGGCGGCACCCCCAAGAAGCUGGCCAGCCGCCUAAGCAGCUCCCUGGGGCGCUCCUCCGGGAAGCAGAUGCGGGCUGCCAUGGAUGGGAGCAGCUCAGGGGACAACGGGGGGUGCAGCCCGCUGCUGCUGCCCCCAGCCCCUGCUGCGGCAGGGCCCAAGUAUCAGAUGCUGGCCUGUGCCCACCUUGGCCUGGCACACAUCCAGGAUGCUUUUCGCACCCAUGACCUCCUUGUCACUGGCAACGAGGAAAGCUCCUUCUGGCUGCCCCUGUAUGGCAGCCUCUGCUGCCGCCUGGCGGCCCAGCCCAGCUGCAUGGUGGACCAGGUGAUGGCCGGCUUCCUCAAGGUGCAGGGGGAGCAGCUGGACUGGCCAAGGCUCUUCUGCCUCCUGCGGGGCACCAACCUCCUCUGCUACAGGCACCCCCGGGAUGCUGAGGCCCAGGAGGAAGCAGCCUUCACGAUUGCUAUCAACAAGGAGACGCGCAUCCGGGCCACCGAGAAGAGCCCCCAGGGCCCUGUUCGUUGCAUGUCAGUCACCAACUGCUACGGAGGCGAGGAAGUGACGCACACACUGCAGGCCGAGUCUCACGCAGAGGCCCAGCGCUGGAUGGAGGCCUUCUGGCAGCACUUCUACAACAUGAGCCAGUGGAAGCACUGCUGCGACGAGGUCAUGAAAGUGGAGGUGCCCUCACCACGUCGCCCUCCCGCGCUGCUGCCCAAGCAGGGGUCUCUGUACCACGAGAUGGCUAUUGAACCUGCGGAUGACAUCGAGGCCGUGACUGAGAUCCUGGCCCGGAGGGUCUCUGACCUGGGUGACCCCAUGUGGCUCUCUCUCUUCGAGGGCUCCUCCCCUGGCAUCGCUUCCAGCUGCAACAACAGUGGUGGUUCUAGCACCAGCCCGUGCCCCCGGCAGCCCCCCUGGGGCCGGCCUCGCACUUUCUCGCUGGAUGCCAAGCUCAGCAGGCUGAAGGGGCGCACAGGGUGCCUGCCGCCCUCCCCUUCUCCCAAGGCCUGCGGCCCCUCCUGCUCCAGCUCGGGGUCCUCUGGCAGCCGCAGCUCAACUCCGGACUCAGAGCGGAGCCUGCAGACCCCCGCCCGGCCCUGGUUUGACCCCCGCUUGUGGCCGCAGUCCCAGGUCUGACCCAGAGUGAGGUGCCUUUUGGCACCGGACAGCAGCUUUCCCGCUGCAGAGACAGCCGGGCCCAGACUGGCCUGGGCCACACCCCCAGCGUUCCCCCCACAAUGGGGAGGUGGCCCUGGCUAGACAAGCAGCAAGUUGGGGCAAGGGCCCCCAGCCAGACCUGUUUUCAGGAGAAAAGCACCUUCCCGUCCCCCCCUUGCAAGAAACUGGAAUCUUUGCUGUUGGAAUGGAAGAGGUGCCUGACCUUUCCCUGCCAGGGUCAGAGUGUCCCCAUCUGACUUCAGCCAGGCCUCUUCCCGACCCCCUUGAGCUGCAAGGAUUUGCACUGAGGGGGAAAUGGGGGUGGGGGUGGCCCUGGGCCGCCAUGGAGCCCUUCCAUCCUGGUUUGUGUGGAGGGCAACAGCCCCCCUUCCUGUGAAUAUGCAUUAAAAUGUGUUGCAAUGCC